AUGAUUUAGAUGCACUAUUGUAAAGUGGCUGUUCCACUGGAUGUCAGAAGGUGAAUUCACCAAUUUGUAAGUCGCUCUGGAUAAGAGCGUCUGCUAAAUGACUUAAAUGUAAAUGUAAAUGUCGCAAUUACAUCCCCCUUUCUGUUGGUUAUAUAGGAAAUGAGCGAUGGUCCACAAUUCCACCACUAGAGGGCACAGGAGGACAGAAUGGAUCCCUGGUGGUCCAAGAGUUAGAAGUCACUGCUUUUGAAGUUUGCAUGGAAUCUAUUAGUAUUGACAUGCUUAAAUCGUAAGUAAAGGUUUCUAAGCCAAGCAACCAUCUUAAGAAAUGUAACUAGUAUCUUUGAAUAUGAGCUAAAUAUCAGUUCUAGAUGUCUGACUCCUGACGCACUGUGGGCCUCAAAAUACAUUUGAUUUGUUAUUGAAGAUAUCAAACACACCAGCCCAUUAUCUGUUCACAUGAUCUCUUCGAGAUCUAUAUUACAAACAGUUUUUAACAUUUUCCAGAAUAUUGUAUAUGUUAGACUGACCGCAUGUCGAAGCAGUGCAGACGAUUGUUUAAGUGCUUCAUAGAGUACAUUUGCUUGGAAGCCAUUGAAGAUACAUUCUGAAUUGACCUGAGUAACAGAGAGUAAAAGCACCACACACUUAUCAACUGAAGCUCAGACAUUAAUACAACACACACACACACACACGACACACACACACACACACGACACACACACACACACACACACACACACACACACACACACAGUUUCCUCAGGAAAAAGCAUAAUUUUCAGCUACAAUACAACCAGUCAGGAAACCGGGUGAGCACAGUGCUCUCCUGAGCAACAGUGGAGAUACACACACAGUGGAUGACAUUCCACUGAGACACUGCACAGGUAUUUGAUCCCUGAGCACAAGCAUCAUGCCCAUCCUUAAAAACCUUCCAGGGAGGACCAGGAGUAAUCAUGGGAACAGUGAACUCAUCCUGCCCAGGUUAAACUUGGACCUGAGUCCCUUCGAGGAGGUGAACCUGGAGGAGGAGAGGAAUGAGGGCGACCCCCCCAUUUUGGUGGGCCGUGGAGCAAAAUCCCUCCAGUGCAGGUUGUCGCGAGAUGGGGAAGAGGAGGAGAAUGAGGUGAACAUGGAGAAGCACGGCACCGGGGCCCCUAAAGGAGGAAGACCCCUGAGGGGGACUCUGGAGCGACUGUGCGGCUCUUCCCCCCUGAAGACCCUGGGGAAGUUGGGUAAGGGGCUGCGUAUGUCGGGGUGCAGUGUGUGGGGGACCAGCCCGUCCCUGCGAAGCCCCAUGGACCCCCACUCGCCCCCGCCAGAGAAAGAGAAGAGGAAGGGCAUCCGCAGGAGCUCAGAGGAGAUCAUGACCCUGCUACGAUUUGCAGGGCGGCGGAAGCAGACACAGCGUAGAGAGAGCCUGCCCUGCGGGGACCUGGGCAUUGACAGCGAGGAUGAGUCUCGCCGCCGGCCCUCCUUCCUCAGGAUGGUCAAUCUUAGCAAACUGAAGAGGGAGUCCCUGUCGGACCACAACUCCCAGGAGGCCGAGAAGGAGCUGGAGGAGGAAGAGCCAGUGGUCAAACCUAGGGAACCACUCUCAGUGCUGGAGAUCCUACAGCUGGUCAACCAGAGGGAUCUCCUCCUGGCCGACACACACAUCCAGGAGCUGGAGCACGAGUGCGAGCUACUGGCCUUCCUGCCACAUCCCUCCACGCCUCCAUCCACACCCCCUGGAGUGACCCCUCCUGGGUCCUUCGACAACCCCUCCAGUCCCAACGCUUCACGGGACGCCAGCAGGCGCAAGGCCAAGGAUGUGGAGCUGCUGUAUGAGGCCCUGCAAAAGGAGAUGUGGGACGUGGUGAGGGAGUCCCUCCGCCAGCCAACGACCGGGCCCAACCUGGGACUGGUGGUGCUGGUCAUUCAGCAGGAGGAGCAGGCUGACAUUUCCCAGGCCCAGAGAGAAGAGACCCAGACCCAGCCCUUAAGGGAGGGCCUCCAGCCCCAUCAUAGCCAGAGGCCUCGUCAGCUCAAGCUGAAAUGGCGGCAGGCGGUGGCAGAGGCGGCAGACUGGAGCCUGCCGCAGCAGGUGGAUACUCAGGCGGGGCAACUGGCCUCAUACCUGGAGAGGUUAAGGGGACGCAUGGUGGACGACCUGGACGCGGCACGGCGGAAUGUGGUGUCGGUCUACCCGGAGGAGUUCCAGGCCUUCCAGGUGUAUGUACAGAGCUACCACCGAGCGGUGGCCAGACGCCUGAAAAUCAUUACCAGCUCCCAGCUUCAGAUCACUGACGUCUACUCUAUGCUGGACUGGUUCUACAACAUCUACAACAGGGAUGUCCUGGGCACCGUUGGCAUGAAAACCCCAAUUAACUACUCCCGACUGGAACCCCUACUGCACCAAGACACAGUGGACCAACUGGAACAGGACUGCCUGAACACUGUCAGGGAGAAGGUGUCCACAGAGCUCACUCAGGUUCUGGAUGAGGAGGAGAGGCGGUGGGCCCAAACGUUGCACAUAGAGGAGUACCAGUCCAGUCUGGCCCGCUCUGUCAUCCAGAGACUAAAGGUAGACCUGGACAGAUCCACAGCUGUAAGCCCGUUUCUGGGGGCCAGGGUGGCCCGCUGCAAUCUCAAUGGACUGUCUGACUUCCUAUAUAGUUUCCAGAGAAAGGUGGAGAUGUUCCAUGAGACCCAGGCUGAGUUUGGGGACCGGGGUGAUGGAUACGUCUCCAGGACCAUCUCUCUGGUCAACUGCUGCCCGCCUCUCAGAUCCUUUGUACAGCGUUGCAGGCAGUGUGACCCACAGAGCAAUGAGGAGUCCACACAGAGAGCUAACUCCUCCCUGGACAGGAUUGUUAACCAAUCAGUGAGGGUUCUGACGGAAAGACUAUUUGAGCACAUCAGGCCAUUCUUUGACAAGCUGGUGAAAAGGAAGUGGCUAAACAACACUGAGGCCUUUGAAGCCAUCGAAGCAAGCGUCAAACAACACUUUAAGAAGUUCAGAAGAAUGGACUGCCCACCUUAUCAGAUACUGGUGGGGGAGAUACACAGGCGGGUUUUGGUGGAGUAUUUGCGUGCGAUCAUGCGAGGACGGGUCAUCUGCACAUCAUCGAAGAUGAGGAAGAGGAUGGCAUUCCGACUGCAGGACGAGGCCAAGCAGCUCAAAGGGCUCUUUAAAGACCUGGAGUCAGGAUCCUCUUGGCUGGACAGUGUCCUCACUCACCUGGCUGACAUCAUUCUCCUGGAGGACACUCCGUCCAUCCAGAUGGAGGUUGCUGUUCUGGUGAAAGAUUUUCCAGACAUACGGCAGAAGCACAUCUCCACCCUGCUAAAUGUGCGGGGGAUGAUACGUCAGGCAGAGCGCCAAGAGAUCUUGAACGUGGUCCGAGACUUUGAGAGCAGCAACAGCUCUACCCUGCCAUGCAGGGAUCAUGCCCUCUUCUCGGACAUCCCUGUCACCUCUGAAGUACAUUGCAUCAACCUGGGCCUCAUCCGUGUUGCCAUGACCGCCGCCAACUGGUUCUCAGAGGCCCGGCUUCGACGACACCGUAAGAGAAGCACCAGGAACAGAACCACGCUGCCACCGGAACAACUGAAAGAGGACAAGGAUAUGGAUUAUGAUUGACUUCAAGGAAAUAGUAUGGAGUUGAUGCACAUCAAGUGUUUGGUAGAACAGAGGCUCGCUCACCUGUAAUUCUGUAUCCAUGUGUGCAUCUCUAUGACUACUUGAUACUGAUGGAGCUUUAAUAUCGAAUUGUUUGGAUUUCUGCUUUAAAUAGAGAGGUAGAGGUUUGUUGAUGACGACACUUCGAAGACGACACUUCGAAGAGUACUCUUAAAUUCUGUCAUAUUACUGUAUGUGCUGCGACUACUACAAUGGGGCAGAAUCACAAACUACUGUGAAAGUUACUACUACUGAUAAGAAAUGCAAACUCCCCAUAGAAACAUGAAAUUAAAUGUUUUUAAUUCAUCUGUAAAUGAUCUUCCCACUCAUUUACAGACAUUUGAAUGGAUAGCGAUAAGAAGAACUUGACAUCAGGUACCACAGAUACAAGCCCAUCUACUGUACUUCAAGCUCAGAUUUUUCUUCAUGUUUAGAAUCAUUUUUUAGACCUCAUUGGGUAACACUUUACAUUAAGGUGUAAUUGUAUACAUUUAUAAGUAGUUAAUAAACGGCUUAAAGAUAGCUUACACGACUGCACAAUUUUAACCAAUGUGUUAUAUCUGUUUAAUGGUUUAUAAAAUACUUAUAAACCUUUAGUAAAUCAUUUUAAGUACACCUUAAUGUAAAGUGUUACCGAUUUAAAUAAAUUCUCUGGUACUUUAGAAUAUCUUUUAGCCAGUAGUUCUGAAAGGACAACUUAUGAGCCAAAAGUGGUCCCCAGAAAUUACACACUGUCACAUACAGUAUGUGCAGAUAUGUGCACUACGUCAUUUCUCUCGCUCUCGCUCGCAAGAUGUCAUUCAAGCUCAGUUAGGGAAAAUGGCACAGCAGUCACUUUCAAAGUAGCGAUGUCAUCAUAGCCGCACGAAGUAGGGGUGCUGAGGGUGCUGCAGCCAUUUUUCCAACCAAUGAUAGGAGGGUAGGAAAUUCAUAUUUUCCCGGUAUUUUACAAAUGUUCCAUCUCAAGAAUAAAUCAUUAUUCUCCCGGGUAACCUGGUAUUUCCUGCCAAAACAGUAUGUGUAAUUCAAAAGCAUUAUAAAACAUAUACAGUGCCUUCGGAAAGUAUUCAGAUCCCUUGCCUUUUCCCACAUUUGGUUACAUUACAGCCUUAUUCUAAAAUGUAUAUAAUAAAACAAUUUCCUUAGCUAUAACACAAUACCCCAUAUUGACAAAGUGAAAAAACGGGUUUUUAGAAUUUACAUAAAUAUUCAGACCCUUUGCUAUGAAACUCAAAAUUGAACUCAGGUACAUCCUGUUUCCAUUAAUCAUCCUUGAGAUGUUUCUACAACUUGAUUGGCGUCCACCUGUGAUAAAUUAAAUUCAUUGCACAUGAUUUGGAAAGUAACACGCCUGUCUAUAUAAGGUCCCACAGUUGAAAGUGAAUGUCACAUCAAAGACCAAGCCAUGAGGCCGAAGGAAUUUUCCGUAGAGCUCUGAGGCACAGAUCUGGGGAAGGGUACCAAAACAUUUCUGCAGCAUUGAAGGUCCCCAAGAACACAGUGGCCUCCAUCAUUCUUAGAUGGAAGAAGUUUGGAACCACCAAGACUCUUCCGAAACUGAGCAAUCGGGGGAGAAGGGCAUUGGUCAGGGAUGUAUAGGAUUAGCCCCUUUUUUCAUUUUUUUGCCUAAAAUGACAUAACCAAAUCUAACUGCCUGUAGCUCAGGCCCUGAAGGAAGGGGCGGCAGGGUAGCCUAGUGGUUAGAGCGUUGGACUAGUAACCGGAAGGUUGCUAGUUCAAACCCCUAAGCUGACAAGGUACAAAUCUGUCGUUCUGCCCCUGAACAGGCAGUUAACCCACUGUUCCCAGGCCAUCAUUGAAAAUAAGAAUUUGUUCUUAACUGACUUCCCUGGUUAAAAAAAUAAAAAAAU